GAAUUAAUAUUAAAUCUUCUAUUACUAUUUUAUAAUUUGUACGAAAAUAAAUUAAUAUGGCAUGUAGUUUCUUAGGAAUUUUCUAUGAAAAUAAAAGUAGUGCUUUUGCGAAAAUUAAAUUUUUAUUAAUAGAACUUUUCAUAGGGUUAGUACGUGAUUAUAUAAAAUUAUAUUCGAUCGCCUAAAAUGUGCACGAACAUAAAUAAAAGGAAUAAAACAUUAAAAAUGCAGUUACUGCGAAGUUUAAAUUUUACAACUACUUAAACUUAAUAUGUAAUUGUAACAUAAAUGGGAUCAAAUAGAACUAAGCCAACGCUAUCUUUUUUACUUCCAUGGUUAAAGUCUUUCCGCCAUUAUGGUAUAUCGUAUAUUGUAAUAUGAAUCGAUGAUUACGAAGGAUUAAAAAAUACGUUUAAAGGAAGAUGUGAAGGUGUUGAGGACGCAUUGCGUUCCGUGAUUGUGUAUCGUUUACACUUCGUUAAGUUUCACGAGUAAAAUAUGUAUUACCAUCGAAAGAAGGUGCAUGACUUAAUAUCGAAGUGCUGAAUGAAGUUAAAUAGUGUAGUAAGAAUGUGUGUAUGUGUCGUAGAUUAAUAAGCUGAAAAAUUAAGAAACUCUUGUAUAAUUUUUUUCUUGUCGUUGAAAAUGUCAACAGAAUAUAGUAGAAGUGUUUUAAAAAUGGUUGUUGCUCAAAUUUGUCAAACAAUUGGAUGGCAUUCUAUUAAUUCUACACCAUUAGAGUUUAUGGUUGAUCUUAUGCAAGAAUACAUUUUACGUAUUUCGAAACUUACUCAUCAAUAUGCAGAAAUUUUGGGAAGAACCGAAGCCAAUCUUGAUGAUUUAGGUUUAGCUUUCCAGCAUAUGGACAUUGAUACACAAGAAUUGACAGAAUAUAUUAAAAAUGUAGAGCCUGUUCCAUAUCCUAUAGCAGUACCUAAAUUUCCAAUUCAACGUGAAAAUCAUUUAAAUUUUCUCAAACCUGGAAGUCGAGAAGUUGUAACAAGGCCAGUACAUGUACAUGAACAUUUACCAGCAAUGUACCCAGAUACAGAAGAAGAGUACAUAGCAGAAAAAACUGAAACAUUAAUAAAUGGGUCAUCUGAUUUAUCAUCCAGUAAUGGAACAUCUGCCAAUAAUUCUAUGAACUUAUCACCUCAUAGAAUAUCUCCACAAGUUGUUUUCAAACGCCCAGGAGAUCCUGUCUCGUUCGAAAGUCCUAUAGUAAAACGUGUAAAAGUAUUAGAGGAAGGAAGACCGUUGCGUGAGAUUCAUAGUGUAAUGAUGACUACUUCUGGUUUUUUAUCCCCUGCUCGAGAAGGAAAACUACCUGAAGCAAGAACACCGCAUCAAACUUGUUCUGAUUCACCACAACCUAGUUCUUAUCCUAUGGUACCUCCUGAACUAAAAUACGACAAGAAACCGAAAAAGAUUAUAAAGAAAGGAUUAGAAGACGGUAAAAUCGACAAAGAAAACAAGAAGAAGAGUCGCGCUAAAGAAUUAUUUAAACCAAACAAGAUAGACGAUAAUAAAAUUAAAAAACUAGCUGGUAUGAAAGAGUUAGCUAAAUUAAAACCUCUGAAGCCAGGAGGUGGGAAAUCACAAGGCACUGUACCAGGCUCAUCGAGCAGACCAUCAACUCCGAAAUUAAUGUCGCCUAAGACAUCUGGCAGUCCAAAAUUAACAAAAAAAGUAGAACCAAAGACCAAAACAGAAAAAAUAGUUGAUCUUACUGGCAGCUCACCACCAAUAGAGAAAAAAGAAGAUAAUAUUGAUAAACUUCCAUCGGAGCCAGACAAGCAGAAAUUGAACAUAUUUAAAAAGAUUUCAAAACCACGCGAGGAUAAAGACAAGGAGACAUCGGAACAACAUAAAUAUAAAGAACUGGAUUCGAGAGAGAGUUCACCAGGUUUGAUAAUCGACGAGAAUAUUGAUAAACAAACAGUUCGUAAUGAUACAGAGGUGAAACACGAAGAAAAAAAGACUCCGCAUACGCCAGAUGUUCAUUUACAACCAGACGGAGGAGAGUUAAUUGACCUACAAAGUCCAGGUUCAGAUGUUUAUAUGUUUGACGACAUGUCUCCACCAGGAACACCCAGUACACCAAAAACGCCAGAAUUGAACAUGCCCACAACUCCUACAGACCAUAAAAAGAAGAGAAAGGAAAAGAUCAAUAAAAAGAAGGAAUUGAAGUCAAGAAGCCCGAAGCAUUGCGGCAGUCCGAAAAAGACAAAGCUUUCCAACGACGUGGUAGAGCUGGAUAUACUAGAUCGACCAAAAACUCCACAGGCACACGAACCUCAGCUUUCCAAAGAACCGAGCUUUCCGCCGACACUUCCAUUUCCUUUCUUUCCGUCAUUUCCUCCAGCACCUGGUUUAAUACCACAUCCUAUGUUUCCCAGAUUUCCAUUACCUAUAGGAAGGGGUGGCGCUGGUCCUCAUCCAGCAAUGCCAAACUUACCUUUACCACCUCGCUUCUUAAAUCUACCCGCGAAAUCUGAAGACUUCUCCACCGUAUCAAAGAGUAAAUCUCUUGAACGAGAAAAACCUUUAGCACCAUCUACCACUGAAAUAACACACUCGGUGACAAAACAUGAAAAACUGGAAAAAGAGAAGGAGGAUAAGUUGAAGAUGAUUAAACAGGAUAAAGAAAUAUUUACACCAGUUCCUACAAGUACUGUUGCACCGCCUUUAUUGUCUGCACUUGCAACACCAAUUUCGUAUUCUACACCAGUACCAAUUCUACCAUUAAUACCUUCAAAAGCUGCCAAAAUCGAAAAACCGGAUAAAAACGAUAAGAAAUCAAAGGAGCAUAAGAAAGAAAAGAAGGAUAAAAUUAAGAAGAAAAAAGAUAAGAAAGAGAAACAUAAGGAGAAAGGGGAGAAAAUAAAAGAAAAGAAAGAAAAACUUGAUAAGAAGGAAAAGAUAGAGAAAAUUAAGGAGAAAAAAGAGAAAAAAGAUAAACGAAAAGAAAAGGAGAAAGAAGAUAAAAAUUCAGAAGCUGUACCAAAAAUAACAUUAAAAUUAGGGACAGCCUCUCCAAGACCACCAACACCUGAUACUGCACCAAUGAAAAAAAUGGAAAUGUGUUAUAGAACUAUAAAGACAUUGCUGAAGAAGCCUGAGGAGGAGAUGAAACGGGAACCAAGUCCAGAAUUAGCGAAAAUAUCAGCAUUAGUAACGCGACCGCCAAAGCAAAAGUCGGCAAGUAAGAAAACAGAGGAGGGAACAUUAGAUGGAAGCCCUGCUCUUCCUACAGAUACUUUCUCUGCCAAUCUUACUAGUGUGCCACUCGCAACAGUUCCUCGAGCAAAGAAAUCUCACUUCAAAGCCUUACCUCAAAGGGAGACUCCUCCAUCUCACUUUGAUCCUGUUCCUAAGCUCCCAAUUCCUCUGAUGCAACAACAACCACCGUAUUAUUUUGAUCAAGGUGGUCAUCAGGUUUGGAUAUGUCCUGCUUGUGGCAAUCAGGAUGAUGGAUCACCAAUGGUUGGUUGUGAUGAUUGUGACGCGUGGUACCAUUGGGUAUGUGUUGGUAUGCAAGUACCACCGGCUGACAACGAGGAUUGGUACUGCCGCUUUUGUAUAGCCAAAAAGCAAGAAAUUCAUCACGACAAAAAGAAGAAGAAGCGGAAGAAAAAAGUGAAGGUUUCCGCCUAGUACAAGCUUCCCGGAUCUUGUGUAAGAUCCGGUCCAACCAUUCAAACCGCUACCAAAGUUAAAAAGAACAGCAAGCUCAGUGUAAGGAGUAUAAACAACAAGAAAUUAUCGAAAACUGAUAUAAAGUUACAAAUGAAGUCGUUAAAGGAAAAAACCAUACCCAUCAAGGGAAAGGCUGGAAAAACUAUUAUGAAAGUUAAGACUGUGAAGAAAAAGAGUAAAAAAAUGAAAGAUAGUGCAAUUCAAUUGACUUAAAGUGUGUUACUUUUCGUGAUCGUUAUGACAGAUUCAAAUAAUUUAAUUUUAACACGUUGAUCGCUAUUGAAAAGAGUUAGUUUUUCAGGAUAAUUGUUUCUUCAUAAAAGAAGGAAACCGUAUAAAAAUUAUGUUAGAUUAUGAUAUGUUGGCUUGAUACAAGCACAAAGCAGAACAUUGAACCGUGACCGUCUCAAAGUCGAAAUAAAUGUAAAAAUUUAAUCUUGGUUUAAACAAACUUAUAAUAGAAAAGCGUAAAAACUCCCGACAGUCAGUAAUACAGUUCUAUAUAUGUUGACUAUUAGUUUAUGCAAAUAUUCUUCUCGUUCAAUUUACAUGUUUUUACAGCCACGCACUUAACUGUAUCCAAAAUAGCCAUUAAUUAUUAUUUUGUUUAAAUGGUAAGUGAAAAAUUCACAUUAACGUAUAUCAGUAUUUACUGUCCUCGCGCGAGGAAGUAUGUAAAGCAGUGUUUAUAUUCCGACUCUAGUUACAGUUUACAGUAACGCACGGUUCAAUUACGAUAGAAUUGUUUAAAUAUAUUUUUUUAAAUUAAAUAUUUUAUUAUAAUAUAUUCGGAAUCUCUUUGAAGUGCGCGACCUCGGUCGUCGCUGCUUGGCCUACUAUAACUCUUUCACUUACUCUCGUUAUAUUUAUUUUCUUUCCUUGUUGAGAAGCUCGAGCGUAUUCCUAAAAAUAUAUAUAAAAUAUAUAAAACAGCGUAGUCAAAAAAAUAAGAUAAAUUCUAUUUUUUAGGAAUGGGGGAAGAUAGCGUAACAUGAGGGCCUUCACUACCUGGUACUGUACCGAGUAGUGGGAGAAACAAUCUGAUAAUAGGACACCCCUUGCUUCUCCAACUACUUCGCAUAAUACGAGAUACCUACUGAAGGUCUCACGUUAUGCUGGCUUCCAUCACUUUUAAAUAGGAUUUAGCUUAUUUUUUUAGCUACGCUAGGGAAACUAGUAGACUGUAACUGAAGUCGGGAUGCAAACGAUGCCUAAUCUUUUUUUCGCAUCAGGACAGUAAAUGUAUAAAUAUUUUGCCAUUUCUCAACUAAAAACCAUUAAUUAUACAAAUUCAUUAUAAUGAACAGCUAAUAUAUAAACGUUGACUGAAAUAUGCAUAUAAUAAAAUGAAAAUGUUUAUUACUUGAAUAAAAUUAAUAAAAGAUUGUAAUAAAAUAUAAAUACCUA